AUGAACGAUAAUAUAGAUCUUGAUACAGAUAAGGAGGAAAAGAAAAUUGAUGUUUCCGAUGAUGACUAUCAGCUAGGAGGUCGUCCGCCGCUGAUAACCCUUCUUAUUAUGUCACUUGGACCUUUAAUUUCGCAAAUUGUACAAGCCCUUACUAGUGUUAUAGGCUCAAUCCUCGUUGCCAAUUCCAUAGGUCAAAUCGGUGUUGAAGUUUAUGGCGCCGUAUACACUGUCGAGUUCUUUGCUGUAGCUAUUGCUCAGUUUCUUUCCGCGGGAAUUAGUGUUCGACUUAGUUACUUAUAUGGUGCUCAGCAAUUGGACGAUACUCACCAAUUGUUCGUAGAUUUUCUGAGAAUAAGUGUAAUUCUUGGUAUAAUUACACCAUGUAUAGUACUUCCAGCCACGCAGCCUGUAAUCAGAUGGUUUGGUGCCGAUGAAGAAACUGCGCACCUUUCGCUGCUUUACAUGAGCCUUAUUACAGGCGGCUGCAUGUUUAAUAUUAUUUUCUUAGUUUCAUCUGGAGUUAUUCUUGCAGAUGGAAAAUCAGUUACAUACGCUGUAUUCCAAGUUGUCUCCUUUGUGUUAAACGUUGGAAUUUUCGCUCCAAUUCUUCUCUUAGUUAUCAAAACUCCAAUUUGGGGAGCGUCGUUAGCAACAAUCUUAUCGCAAGCUAUACCAGGAAUCAUCAUUACAGUAUUGAUUUUCAGAGGAAAAUAUCGCCUCGAACCGAAACUCAACAUGUUUAUCAAACCAUUCUGCGCAGAAACAAAACACGCACUCAAAAUCGGAUUUUCUACGCUCAUCUCUCAGAUAUCUUUGACAUUACCAUUUUUAUUGAUGCAAAAAUAA